AUGCGUCUCCUCAACCUUUUUCUCCUGGCACCACUGGCGAUCGCCGCCCCACUCCAGAAACGAGCAACAGCACAAGACGUCAACAACGACAUCACAGGCAUCGAUACCGCAGUCCGCCAACUCACAGCAGCUGUCCAAGCUUACCAAGGCGGAAUCGAAGAAUCUUCUCCAAUCUUUGACGCUGCACUUGCAGUCCACGCAAUCAACCGCAAAGGUUUCGCGGACGCAAACGUUGCUCCGCGAUUCACCUCCGCAGAGUCCAAAGUCAUCGUCGACAAUGUCAGCAAUAGCGUGGGCGUGAGCAUUCCUGCUGGUGUGGAAGUUAUCAAGGCGAAGAAGCCAUUGUUCGAUGAGGCGCAGCUUUCUAGUAUGGUGAAGGCGACGAUUGAUUUGUUGAAGUUUGACCAUGAGACGUUCAGUUUGGCCGUUGGUGCGAAGUUGAGCCUUGACCAGGUUUUGCCUGGGGGUGCGGCCGCUGGGAAGAUCGAUCUUGUGUUGCAGGGCGCUUCGCUGUUUUACACUUUACCAUAA